UCAACUUACUCUUUGGCACAACUUAGCCCACUCUCCCCUACCUUAUGUCUUUAUUCUCUAGAGAAAAAUAACAGUCCUCUUCAUGUGUCACAGCCUAUAAACGUUUUAGACAAGACUUGUUCCAUUAAACCACAUCUUACAAAAAGUCACUGAAGGGACUCUGACAGAAGGUCUGGUCUGUGUUUUAAUUCUGAAUGCUCUGUUAUGAAGGUUUCUGUCCUUCCCCUUUUCUCCUCAGAUGACCAUCCUAUCUGUGAAUUCCUCCUGCUUAUGUUUGUCGGUGCUGCUGUCUCAGAGGGGAUAGGAACAGUCGCUUUGAGCUCGCUGACCCCGGUGGUCUUCUGUGAGCCGAAAAUCCUCCUCCGGGAGCGCCACCACCACAGCUGAUGGAUCGGAGUCACCUCGGAUCACCUAUCGGCGGCGGCCUCCAUUUUAACUCCGACACCGAGUCGUACCUCACGUGUCCUGGGCUGUCUCUCUCACAUGACCCGAGUGUUUGUUCCCGUGAUCAGCACUUCCAUCUCCGUCUGUGACACCGAAUAUCACUUUUUAUCCUAACACUGAUGGAUAUGCUCGAACAGAGUCUGGACAACGCGAGGUAACAGAAACGGUCAAAAUGGCUAACUGGGACAUGCUAGCAACAACAUGCUAUAUCAGAGAGCUAGUUUAUGGCGCUUAACAAGGCCUGACCUAAAAAGAGCGAGUAAAAACAGAUUUUAACAGGAGUAUAGUUCAUUUGAGUAUUCAUAACUCAUUUUUAUAAAGUUCAAUUUUGAAAACAUAGUAAUAAUCGCAGGAUAGCUAUGUUAGCUUGAGCUAGCUUUAAAAUAACAAUCGUCUGUUGUCAGAGACGGUGGGUAAACCAAGGACACUUACAACUUUUGUUACUCUUCGAUAAUACUCUUUACCUCUUCAACCAGUUUGCCACCAGCCAAGCAAACUUAAUGGCAUUUAGUUUAGUUAAUUUUAUCCAGAAGGAGCUGGAGCUUGUUUUUUUAUUUAUCAUAUCUGUGUUUGGUUUGCAGCCAAGAAAAGCAAGAAGAAGUUGUCCAGACAUCUGAAGGUAAUUAUUGUUCAAGUUUUCAUUCAUGACACCCUGGAACUCCUCAGCAGUGAUGUUUAUUUCAUAUUUAUUAAAAGUCAAGUAGUUUAAGCUUUAACUAACAUAUAUAAGUAUGUGAAGUUGAGUGGUCCACACUGUUUUCUGCUGCAGGACUCUAUUCCUCCUUCAGAGACUCUGACACCCUCAGUCAGUAGUCUUUACCUGGACUCUGCUUACUGUUUACUACUACUACUUGACUAUUUCGUGUUGUAUAUAGGGUACAUACCUGUAUAUUAUCUCUUUAUUUUUACUUAUUUUACUUAACUUAUCUAAUAUUUAUCUCCUUUUUCUACUUUAUUUGCACUGGAGUGACUGUAAUGAAAAGCAAUUUCCCCCUGGAGAUUAUUUAAGUAUUUCUGAUUUUGAUGCCUCUGUCAACUGUCUUUUAUUUGUUUAACAUAUAUAACUUACUUCAUUCCCCUCAGACGGAACAGGAGAGGAGCAGGCGGCUGUUACCAUCGCCAACGUCCAGCAGGCUGCAGCCUUUGGAGACCACAACAUACAGUAUCAGUUCCGCACUGAGGGUGGUCAGGUAGGUCACAGACAGGGCUGUUUUACUACGGCCAAAACCAACGCCACAAAAUACAACUGUCAUGACUGACAAGGCAACAUCUGCAUCACAUGCAUUUGUGAGCCUUAAAAACUAAACAUUUCUGAAUAGAUGUUUUAUAAGGAUACAGACCAGUGUCGCUCUGUAGUACGUCUACAGCAUGGUGCAAAAGACUGAUUUGUUGUGUUAGUGCGGCUGAAACUUCACUUUUAGAGUACAUGUGAGUCAGAGUUCUCACAGUCUGACUAAUAUACAUAGAGAAAGGAUCUAUUUUUACUUGCAUGUAUACAACUCAUUUGGACUUAAAUGGGUGUAAGUGUUUGGCACUAACUCCUCAGUUUGCACACCAGGCUUUGAACUGGGAGUUAAGGAGAGUAAAUAUCCUGAAGGAAACUGGGCAGUAAACAAAAACUUCACAGAAGACGUUCAACUAGUUGGCCUCUUGCUGCUUGUUUGUCUAUGGUUUUGGUGUACAGUGUAAUAAGUCAAAUAAAAGACAGCCUGAUAGUGACUCGCUGAAAGGGGCUUGUGGAUACAGCAGGAGGGGGGGAUGAAAAGACAUGAUUUAUCCAGUCCCAUAUCAAUCUGAAAGUGCACAAAAUGCCAGCUUCCUUUACUAAAUGGGCUGGAUGUAUUAUUUUUGUUUUAAGAAUGAGUCUGUGUUACAGCCUACCAGCACCUAAGUAAUAAUAAUAAUAAUUAUAAUACAUUUUAUUCAUAAGCACCUUUCUGGACACUCAAGGGCACUUUAAAGUGUAAAAACAGCAGGAUAAAAGCAAUAGAGAAAACAAAACAAAAUAGGAGGGGAAAAAAGUAUGUAUGUGUAAGUGUGUCAGCCCACUGGUUUGCAAGAUAGCCUCUUCUGGACGUGACUCCCUCUCUUCUUCACUGUCAAUACCAGCUGAAAUGAGACCUGCUUGUGGACUCCAUUCACCACACAGGGCGAAAAAAAGCACUUCACAGCAAGCGGCAUAGUGAUCAUUUAAUCUUGAUUACCUUGUUUUAAUGAACCAGGGAAGCGAAGACCAUCACCCAGCCCUUAAUAACUAAUGGAGGUUUUUAUUAUAGUGAGUGCCCGUGAUUGUUGACUUACUUACUAAAUAGAUUAACAAAAAUACAGCAAGCGCAGGUUAGACCCUAAUGCAGCAGUUUCUGUUAGCACCGGUACUUUAACUGUCCCAUUAAAGGCAUGUACGAGGCUGUUUUGCAGUUUCAUCCUAGGACAUAGCUUCCUGUUAUGUAUUGAUAGAUAUGGUGAAGCGGAUUUGUUCCCAUGCUUAGAGAAUUGUUUUCCCCACACAUUCAUCAUUCAUGAUUAAUGAGUGGGUUUUCAAGUAAAUGCUGCCACCUUACAGUGAGAAAGACACCUCUCAGUCAGAAGAUAGUCUUUUAGUCGUAGUGUAAUGCUAUCUGGUAGUGUUAUCAUGUGUUUUUGCCGCCUGCUCUCAGCUCCCUCCCCCCUUUUUCCAAAGACAAGUCAGGAGGAUAGCAGGCUCUUAAUUGCCCGAAGGUACAAAUGUGUGUUUUUCUUUUUCUAGUCCCAUGAUUGACUGGUGACCUUUGUCAAAAGUGUCUCCUCGCCGUUUCCUAAUCGAGUUAAUUCACUUCAGCUGCGGACAAUGCAGCAGUGAAGCAAAGAAGAAGUCGCUCAAGUUAGUUUUCUCUGUAUUUGGUUGAUUUACACUGGAGGGAAUUAAAGCAGUGAUCCAUGUGGCUCAUUUGGCUGUAAACAAGACUAGCGUGAGCGAUCAUGUGAUUACAGUCUGGCCUGGGAUUGGCAUGGGGCUGCUGUCACAUGUCAGUCAGGAGGAGAGUCACAUGAUAGGGGAAUACAAAUACUGAUUCUUGGAACAAACAGGCUCAUUUUCUCGACUUGUUUUCAAAAUUGAAUCAAGCACGUAUGCUUACGCUUCAGAAUGUGCUGCAAGUGAGAUCAAUGUGCUGCUGAGAUUAGGACCACAGCAUCUGACACCAGAGGCUCAGCAGGAUAGAAGCGGUAGAAAUGAUAAACAAAUCUUCCAGUCAGGUGAGGUUUUCUUACGAGUUAGUGCACCCGUCAUUGGAGAUUGUUGCAGAUUUCAGAAAAACAAGAUGUUGCUCCAUUUUUUUCCACGUAUUUUAACUCUGUGUCUCCCUCUGCUUUACAGGUGACGUAUCGGGUGGUUCAGGUGACUGACCAACAGCUUGAAACAAGAGAUGACGGAGGUGGAGCAGUGAGUGUCGUUUCUACGGCUGCUUUCACAGGAGCUCCUCAAGCUGUGGCUCAGGUACUAAAAUCUGUCUCUGUUUAUUGAUUGAUUGAUUGAUUGAUUGAUUGAUUGAUUGUUAAAAAGCUGAUUUUAAAAAAAAAAGCUCCUUGUUUUCAGUGUUUUGAUCGUCUCAAAAGGCAGAGACAUGAAUGUUUACAAGUUUCCUCACUGUAAACACAGCACGCUGUCUUAAGCCAGUGCCAUAGCUCUCCACUGCAAUGUAAAAAUAAAAAGUGGAAGAGCCAUACCAUAAUGCUCAGUGACAUAUCUUUUUGUAUAAACAGCUUAAAGCAAAGUUAGUGUCUUUAAGCUCGUCAAACCAGCAAAGCAGCAGAAAUAGAGAAGUGUGUGCCUCAGCAUGUUGUCAUCAAAAAAUGGAGCCCCACAGAGUUUAAGAUACAGUAAUAUUUUUUCACGUAAGAGUUAAAGUCUCUGUAAACGUGCACAGCCAAAUCCAGAAGGGGUCUCCUGACCAAAACAAGAGCAGACCAAAUCAGUUUUCAUUUGCAGAGUGCCACUGGACUGACCUUGCUGUUAUCUCUGUUAACAAGAUCACUGCGACUUCUUUUUCCCCCCUCCUUUUAUUCCUGCUGUCAAACAGCUCUUAGUCUUGCUUAGGGGGUCCAUGGGGGAUACAAGUAUUGAGUCUGACAGAGACUGAGGUGUGCGUUUACCUGCUGCGACUGCUCCACUGCUACCUGUUCAAGCCUUUCCCCCCGUCUCUCUUCCUCUCUCUUAUCUGUCGCAGGCUGUGAUCCAAAACCCCUUCAGUAAUGGAGGGAGCCCAGCAGGAGAGGCGGUGGGAGGGGAGACCCGCUUCGCUUACUUCCCCGCAACAGCGGUGAGCGACGGGACUGUGUCUGUGCAGGCCGCCGCCGACCCCACACUCACACAGGCAGGGGGUGAGUCAGUUCUCACACUUAAUUUGGGCUGAAACUUGCAACUGUGCUGAGAGGCUAAUGCAGCCAUUAUUUUCAACGACAAGGAGGAGAGUAUCUGAAGUGCAGUAAUAAAAGGACAACGGUUCUUUCUUUCUGUUGUUGCAAAUGUACCGUGAUCCCUGCGGCUUUGGCUCAUUUCAGGAAGACAGACCGUGGGCUUUGCUGUUGAAUAGUAAAAAAAUGCUAAAACCAUCAUUUCUUUGCACAGUUAUCCUCCUGUUGUUCUUUCGGUGUUGAAACAAUUUGUCUUGAAGAGUUUCUAAAUGACUCAAGUCAUAUAUUAUCAGCUGCCAAAAUGAAAUCGGUCACGUUGAUCAUAUUUACUCCUGGCUUUGUGUCACAUGUCCGCCCACUCUGCGUCUCUUCCUCUUUACUGCCAUAUGUCUUCAUCUGGCUGCAUUAGCUGUCCUUGCGGUUUCAUGGUGGUGAUCCAGAGGAGACUCGUGGACUCUGUGGGCCUGUUAGUGACUGUGGUCAGAGCUCGGUUGACCCAGAGAGUAGGAAGUGGUUUUCUGGCCCUGCUUUACGCAACCGGCAUCUGCCUGUUUUGGCAAACUGUUUUCUUCAAGCCAGUUGCCAGUUUAAAGAGUGGAUUAUCCGAGUUCUCUGAUGGUUUUCAAAGGAGAGCGUGGUGCCUGAGCUGUGGUGGGAAGGCAAUCAUAAUUCAUCUUCCAGUCUGUGCUUCCUGCAGCACUUCAGGCUCAGACUCUGAACAGGAACGGUCUAAAACCUGUACCUACAUCUCAGGGCCCAAUGACUUCAUAUGUAGUCGCUCUUUGUUGAAUGUAGAGGUGCUUGCAGGCAUGGGUCGACAUUUACAUUCAUUAUACAAAGCUGGUGCUGAGGGGCUUAGUACCUGCCACAAGAGUUCAGAUGGCUGUGAUACAUAAGAGUUAACCUUCAUGCUUUCUGAUCGAUUUCAUCAAUAAAUUCAAAUUGAAGGUUUAGGAUGAUUCCUUAAAGUAAAAAUCAAGAAUUUGAUGCAGUUUGUAUGCAAGACACACACAAUAACACAACAGUAUGUCACACUUACACCAGUGCAGUCGCUCUGCAUAUACAGUGCUCAGCAUAAAUGAGUACACCCCUUCAGAGUUGUCAGAAAACCUCUAGUUUCCUUUCAAAAUCAACAUUUUCUAUGUCAGACUGUACAACAAAAUACUCCUCCAAAUGUAGGCCAUUGAUUACAAACGAUUUUAUAAGUUGCACAGGAAAAAGUAUUUUUUUUUUCUAUUUAAAAUCAGAAUGCAAAAAUGAGUACAGCCAAAAGUUCUGGGAGCAAAGCUAAAUUUUAGUUACCAUAUCAACAUUAUUUUUAUCUAAUGGUAAAUAAAAUGUUAUGUUAAAGUCAGCUUUGUCAAAAAUUGUACUUUUUCUCAUCCAGAUAUUGAAUUAAGGCUGGGCAAUAAAACGAAAAUUUGCAGAUACCUAAAUUUACGACAAUAACAACGUUAUUUUGCCCAUAUCAGUAUAUUUGAUGUCAGAAAAAUAAAAAUUGGUUUUGGAUGUGUGUAGGUAGGCUAUGGCCUCAUGUCCUUUUAAGACAUUGUCCUACGCCAGAGCUGUGACUCCACCCCAUCCAGUCCGUAGCAAAGAGGGAAAGACAGGUGAGGAGAUGGAGGACGGUUCAAAAGUUGGAGCGGCUGAAGUAGACGAAGUUGAUGUGGGAGGGGGUGAGCAGCUUGUGGAGUAGUUAUCGUCCGUUUAUUGUUAUCGAAGUGAACUGCUCAAUAUAUCGUGAUAUUGAUUUGAGGACAUAUUGCCCAGCCCUACAUUGAGUAAUACAUUUCUUGUAAUAGAGGGUGUACUGAUUUAUGCUGGGCACUGUAUGUACAAAGUCCCAAAACAGUUGACUUCUUUUGCUGAGUUGAGCCUUUUUUUUAAAGCUUUUUUAAAAAUCAAUGAUUAAUAAUUGAAAGAAAAAUCAAUUAAAAUCAAAGAUUGGGUUCAGGUAUUUGUGCUGCCAGGCACCUCAGACACAGUGAUUGAUACUUUUGAAGGGUCUGAUUAGAGUAUGAAAUUGGCAGACAUUAAAUUAAAAAGUUCAUUGACUUGCUCAUGAGCAGGUAAGAGAGAAUCUUGACUGCAGAUUUUGCUCGGGCUGCCAUGAGCAAUCUUAUUAAGGGUAAUUUGUCAGAGCCCGAGUGAUAUCCUCUAUUCAAGUUUUGUCCCUCCAGCAGCUGUGGAACCAAAGACACUCAGUGUACUGUCAUAAAGAGCAGCAAAUCCUCUCAUACAAGGAGCUUAAAGUACAAAGUGUGUAGCUUUUUGCUUUAGAAACAACAAAACAAUAAGUUGUGGAAAAACUGCCGGCUAAGUGAGUGGUGGAUUGGAUUAAAUCACUGCAGUUCUCAGAGCGUACACGUGGAAAGCAGGUCUGGCCGCUAAACAAUUGUAGCUGAUCAACAGCGUUUGUCGAAUGUUUGAGGCUGUAACGCUGUGAUAAUUUCAUCCUGCACAAGUUCUAGCACAUGGUAUUACAGCAUUUCAUAGCAAUAUACCAUCUGGCCUGCCCUUUAGUUAGAAACUCAUAAGUUUGAGAGGGAAGAAUCUGGCUCAUAAACCCAGAAAAUCUCUCCAUUUCAGAACAAUUUUCCGGGACAAUAACAGUUCAUACAGUGUCGGGUUUCUCUCAAGGGAAGUUUGCCUUUUUUAAAAGCUCGUCUGGUUUAUUGUAUGUGUUAUAUCCAUUGUUGACAAUAUAAGUUGUCAGGCUGAUGCAGCACAUCCCACGUUUUUUUUUUUUUUUCUUACCAGAAGUGUGUGUUAAUCUUUCAUCACAUGACACACACCCACAGUAGUCAGAUGGCCUUAAGGCUGUUGAGUAGUGUCAUUUGACACACCUCAGUCACAAACUUUAUUAGCAGAAAACCACAAACACAUUUCUGUAUUUUUGGCUCUACUUCUUCUUUUUGUUUUCGCGGAGAUGGAGGCAGCCUUCGUUCGUGUCGAUGCCACAGAAAAGGAAGAGGACCCAGAGGUGUCAUUACUGAGGGCAACAGCUGAAGUUAGGGUCUUAGAUAAGGGAGAAAGCUGCUGUCUCUCACCUCUGUGAGCCUGGGGCAGUUUAAGCAGCCAUGACAUACUGGCUGAGGAGUGCUCUGUUGGGUGUAGGCGGUGGAGAGUGCCUUACAAGCUGUCGUCUCCUAUGAGGUGAAGGAUAGUGGAGGACAGAGCACUGGGCUUUGACUCUCUGGCAGGACUGGAUCCAGCACCCAAGUGGCGUCAUUACUGGUUUUCAUUUUUUUUGCAGGAGCGAUGAUGUACUGGAGAACUUUUUUUAAUGUUUGGUUAAAAAAGGGAAAACUUGAUGGAGACGGAUAUCCACUUUGGUUUCCUUUCAGUAGGACUCUAAAAGUGUGAUGUUUCAUGUUGUGAGUGAACUUGAAACAAAAUAAUCUAGGGCUGGGCGAUAUGCCUUCAAAUCAAUAUCACAAUAUAUUGAGCAGUUCACCUUGGUAACGAUAAAUGGAGGAUAACUACUCCACAAGCUGCUCAGUUUUCGGUUUAUUGUCCAGCCCUAAAAUAAUCUCAGUGAAACAUUUAGUGAAAAAUGUUGACAGAAAUUAAAGGUAAUUUGCUGUUUUGGCUCAAGAGUGCCUCGUUGUAAGUUUGUUUUUGACUUGGAUAAUCAACUUGGUGUUUGGAGAAAAAUCGAUCAGUUUUCUAUAAAAGAUUUUGAUGGUUCUUGUUAUCCGAAUUUCAAGAUUCAUCGCAAAAUCCAUGAACUCCUCGCUCCUAGCUGGAGCUGCUGUUACUCAGAAGUGCUCGUAAAGUUCAGUUACCCGGGAGAGUUUUGUGCGGGGAGACCUUCGUUCUUUUUGGGUCUUCUCUUUAUUUUGGUAGAAAAAUUGGAUGGUGAGAUUUCUUGUGUUGUUUGGCCUUCUUCUGACCCGCAGGAACAAGAGGAGUUGUUUUUAUUCCACAGGCCUUGUGGUGCUGUAAAAACAGUCCCUGCAUGCCUUACAGUGGAGUUUCUCUCCAAAAUUUGGAGAAAAUAUUUCAGGUUUUUGAGGUGGAUGUCUCGGGGGGUGGGAGAAGGGAGUCCUGUCAGGUUUCAGUCUCCAUGUUGAUUGUGCUUGAGCAGGCAUCCCGCGGUGUAAACACAUUUUUUGUAGGCUCAUGUGGGUUCGAGAUCUGACGAGUUACUUUUUUACUCUCAUAUUUGUUGUGAGAUAUUUCAUUACGGCAGCUGAGUCAGUCUUUCAUGACACGUCGCCCUGCUUCAUUUCUUCCCCUCGGCGCUAACUGAUGACUCUUAUGUCUUCCACAGGUCAGUUUUAUGUGAUGAUGACGCCCCAGGAUGUCAUUCAGACAGGCACACAGCGAACCAUCGCCCCACGCACACAGCCCUUCCCUGCGUGAGUAUCGCAUCUGUCACUUAUUGUUUGGGGUGUUGCGGUCUGAAACUCAGCUCUGUUUAAAAAACAAACAAAAUCCUGUUUGGUUGUAAAACACUUCACUUGCUCUUCAUGUAAAUGCCUCUUAAAGCGGCAUAUUAGGUGAUUUCAGCGUACAAGAUCUAAAUCCCUUUAAGUUUGAAGGUUAAUAUAUCAGAGUUUUGAAGUGGGGCUUUUAAUGUGCAAUGUCCAGAGCAAUUCACUAAAAUUAAUUAAAUCUGAAUAAUUUCAAUCAGGCCCUUUUCAUCAAGGCUUUUACCCUUUAUUACCACAAUAAUACAUAAUUGAGUCUGGCAGUGUGGGUCUGCUGCUGUGAUGCUCCCGAACAAAUCUGCACAAGCUUGACGCAGAUUUCUCUCAUUUGAAGAAACCCAACCUGGCAAACCUGGAGAUGCGCGGCAUUUACAUGAACAUCAACAAAUAUGCAGCGAACAAAGCAUCAGGAUUCGCCCAAAUCUAAAUGCUAAUGCUGGGGGAGGCCGGGGCGGCGGAGACAGUAAAAUUGCCAGAAAACAGGCAGCAAUGUGGCGUUAGGCAGACGUGUACAGAGAGAGAUAAGAAAGUCUCAACCUGAUAAUAUGAACCACCCAGCUGUUUUUGAUUUGGCGUUAUCAUCACGAUUUUAUAUAAACAUAUUGACAUCUUUUAAAGCUAGUAUUACAGCUGAAGAAGCUGCUGUAAAAAUGUAGAAUAAAGAUAUUUCCCAUGUCUAACGUGACUGAUUAUUCACGUUUUUGCGCCCUACAUUGACUCUGUUCAUAAGUCAUGCAUUUACUCCUUUUUAGUUCAAGAGAUGGCGCAAUUACCCGCACUGAAAACGCAUCACACACUAGCAGCAGCCCCAAGCAGGGGGCAGCGUUGAGUUGCCGAUACUGAGGACAAAGUUUGAGGGUUAAGAAUAAAACGGAGAAAAAAACUCACAUUAGUCGCUCAAAGAAAUGCAGUUGAGGAGAUCUUUGCAGGAGAAGCUGAGUGUUAAAGAGCUCGGUCCAAACAAGCCAGACAUCAAACUUUAAUAGCAAAUCAGCAACAGAGGGUGAAAUUACACAACAGUUUUUAAAAGACUGUUUUACUUUGAAGAUAAGACGAACUAUAUUGAUCAUCAAAGAAAGAAAACUCUGAUUAGCCGUUCAAAGUAAUGCAGUUAAGGAGGUCUUUGCAGGAGAAGCUGAGUGUUAAAGAGCUCGGUCCAAACAAGCCAGGUGUCAAAAUUUAACAGAAAAUCUGUAACACAGGGUGAAAUUACACAACAGUUUUUAAAAGACUGGUUUACUUUGAAGAUAAGAACUAUAUUGAUCCUUGAAGGGAAAUUUAAGCCUUGAGGAAGACCUGGCUGAUGGCAUAUGAUGAUGCUCGUGCUUUAUUUAACUUCACCUGCCUCUGUUUUUUAGAGAUAAGGAUUCAGAUCGGUUUAGGUUGGAUUGGAUAGGUUAAGUCCAUUUGAAAAAUACAGAUAAAUGCCUUUUAUUUCUCCUAAUUUAGUACACCUUGUUUUGUGUAUUUUGCAUUUAUUUACAGCCCCUCCUUGAGAAAAAUGCACCAGCCGCCACUGCAUGUGACUAUAACACAACUAUCAUCUUUAUAUAAUGUGCCGCAAAACUCAGUUAUUCAGCAUCUAGUUAUACUUCAACCUUUUCUUCACACUGUAGCUGCUCAGGGAGUCUUCUCCAUCCCCCUCCUUACUUUGAUAUGUGGGGUUAUAUUUUUUUAAACAAGGUUUUCUCCUUUUUUCUCUAAAAUGUUUGAGUUAUUUAUCUGUAAAAUUCACAACAUGCAUCAUUAUAAUCACGCUUCAAGGGAUCAGUCUCAGACUGUCUCCAACUGUUAGCCUCACGCUGGUGAUUGCAGUUAUUAAGAUAAUCAGCAGGUUCACCUGAGCCAAGACGAACCGAGGCGUCUCUUUAACUGCAUGAUGGCGGCCUGAUUCUGGUCGACUACGAGUGGAGGAAUUUCAGCGAGCUCAGUGUCAGAUUCAGAGUCCAUAUAGAGACAGAAACAUACAGGGCUGUAUGCUUUGGGACGCAUUUUCUCACAGGUCAUGUGACUCUGAUUUCGACUUGUUUAGUUAAAGACGAGCACAGGCGUUUGCCUGUUUGGCCAGCCACACAUAUGAUCCAUUAAUUAAAUUGAGUUAGCACUGACCUGAGUGAACAUUCCCCUCUUUAACAGCAGACCUUUUCUUAACCUUUGACCGCGUGAAUGCUUUUCAGCCAGGAGCAACUGUUAGCGGAGUCACUGUCUGUUUUUUUUUUUACACAAGAGCACAACAUAUAAAUCCAGGUAGCUGUAAGCAGCUCCUGUUUUCCUCCUCAUUAAAAAUGUUAUUUAAGGAGAACACAAACAGCAGACAGGCGCCACACUCUUAAUUAUCCCUGCUCCUGAUUUAUCAUGUUUUACUCUGGGUCUGAACAGUAUGUGUAACAACAACAAGGAUGCCGGCCGCGUCUGUGACUUUUAGGAACUUUAUCAAAGAUUUCAUCGUCUUUGUUGUGGGCAGCGGCAUCACAGGGAGGUUCGAGAUCCGCCUUAAAUUUAGCAGCAGCUCCGCCGUUUUUGAUGUUGUUUGAAAUUCACAGCGUAUAAACAGACUGCUUCCCAGUCAAGAAUAAAGAGCGAGCUUUGUCGAGGAGUACAUCUGCAUUGCCAUGUGUUGAAAUACAAAGUGAUGUUUCUUUUUUUUCCUUCAUCUCUCAGAAUGUCUAUCUACUCUGCAAUAUGUUUGUUUCUAUUUAUUUCCUCUAACAUGAAUAAUUCAUGAUGUUUGACUGGAGCCUGAGAGUUAUAUUUAAGUGUAAACUAAUGAACAGUGAUAUUAUCGUUGACAUGUGAGUGAAAUGAAUGAAAACUUGCCACCCUAUCUGCCGUUCGCAGAGAUGAAAACGAGCUGCUGCAGCAGGAAGGUUUAAACUGGUGAGGAAAGUUUCCACAUUUGUCCCACACACACACACACAAACACACAAACACACACUCACUCACAUUUUCACAGCAAAUGAACUAAUCAAAUGAGAUCACAAGAAGAGAGAAGAAGCACACAAACCCCUCUCUUUGCCUCCCCCCUUCUUCUCCACCCCUCCCCUCCCAUAAGUCCCCGGUGAUUCCCCCCCGCUCUUGAUGUGUGAGACACAGAUGUAGCGUCUCUUCAGUGCUGACCCUGAUCCAUUGUUGGUAGUCGUGCUUGUGGCAGCCGCAUUUCUCCAUCAGGACUUAGAAAUUGGGUCAUUGUUCUCCAUCUGGAAAGGAAUGGCUCUCUCUCCCCCCCCCCACACUUAUUUUAGUAUAAUUUCAGAGUGUCCUCGGUCGUAGUUCUUUUAAGUUUUGUUCCCGUUUAGCCUAGUUUGAGCGAGUUACUUUGAAAACAGUUUGAGGUUUCUUAAACUCGGUGUUUAAAUUCAGCUGGAGAGGAAGUAUGUGGUUUUAAUUUCAGCCCCUCUCUGCUGCAGAACUGUUUGCACAUCAACAGGUAAUAAUUACCGAUGAUUAUCUUUCCUCAAACGAUUCUUAAGAGAAGUAAAAGCCCAAACUGCAGUCUGUUGGAUCACAACGCACAGAAAUGAGCUCUGCGCAGGCCUGCUUUGGAGUGACAUUUUAGUCUAAUGACAGAUGAGGGCAGAAGAAGAAGGAGGAGGAUCAAUAUGAAACUAUUCAAACCUUGUCCCUUUUUUCCUUCAUGCUUCAAAUGAUCUGGAUGAAACACUCCAGAAGUGGUUGAUGCCUCUGAAUCCUGCUAAUUUUCCAAGCUCUCUCUGCCAACAAUAAGUCUCAAGAGCCCUCAGAUGAGGUGUGCCCAGCCUUUAUAAGUUGUAAAAUAAAAGACAUUUCUUUACCUUCAGGCCUGUAUAUUUAGUUAUUCAUACAGUCAUCCCCUUUUUUUUCACACUCUGCCUAAGAGUACUGUUGGGCUGAAUCCAUUAUGAAGCUGAAAUCCCAUUAAGAUGUGUUGAGAUACAAGUGAGAGUGCAGUUUGGCAUGGCUGACUAUCUCAAACUGAGAUAUCAGCCGCCGAGUUGAGUCGAUGGGUCGUGAAUUCGCCGUUUUAGGAUAAAGAUGUGUCAAAAAGGGGACAGACAGGCGGCAGAGAUGACCUUACAGGAUGUUGUUUACAAAAAAAAGCGCACAGAGAGGAAGUCUCCGUGAUCCUCUGCUCUCUUGCUCCGGAGAGGAUCCUGUUAAACACUUUGAGUGAAGUAUUAAUUGUCUUUUCCAUUAGCGAGGCAGAAACAUGUUUGAGAUACGGAGUAGGCCACCUUUAUAAUAAUUACAUGCGGGCGUGUUAUUGGCCUGUUCAUGCUGAGGUGGGUGCUUGGAUAAGUCUCCCUGUCACGUCUCAGGGACUUAAUUAACAGAAUACCUAAGGGAAGACGCGAAGACACGAGACAGUUGUGUCAUUAGCCCAGCGUCCAGACUCCAGUAGACAGCAUCUGGGAGUCUACAGUGUUGUAAUUUUACAGCAUAAUAAAGCGGAGAGCUCCCCCCAGGCCACACCUGGGAAGAAAGGCACAGCCUGCAAGAAUAAAACAGAUUGGACGGGUCUCAAACUCCAGGGCGCCGAGGGUGUCCGCGUAUGUGGCCUCAGUGUUUCUGAUAAAAGACGCCACACGACUCGAGAGGCUUUUUUUUUUUUUUUUUUUUUUUUUUUUCCAAUAAUGGUGCUGCACUUAUAAAAGGCUUUAAGAAAACAGCGAGGAAUUGUUUUAAAUAGAGGCAGGAUUAGGUGAAUCUGGCAGCUUGUAUCGGCGCCUGAUUGUAGGGUAGUCAGAGAUGAGCGAGAUUGUGUCGUGUGAAAAGCCUUUUUUAUUUCCUGUCUGUCUGCAGGAAAAUGGAUGGACCCCGAACGCCAAGAGAUGAAAGGAGGAGAGCGCAACAUAAUGAAGGUGGGUAAUUAGCUGUGAUUGUGGCUUUUGAUUUCAUGAGACAGUGCGGCACAAUGCACUGUGGUGUCUAAAUAGAGCAAUUUUGUUUGAACAGAAUCACCGAGCCCUUUCAAAAUAUUUGAUUAAGAAUAAUAUGGAAUAACAGAUGUUCACAGAGCGGCCAGUAGAGGCUGCUGUUGAGCCGUCAAAGCAGGGCAGCAUUUGGUACCUGAAGUGCAGCCACUGAAAUAAUAAGAUACGGAGGCAGAGGCUGAUUCUUGAAACACAAUUACCUCUGAUCUGCCAGGCCGACAACAAAUAAAUCAGGAAAUGCUGCUUUUGUUUACUCUUCUUUUUAAUACUUUUGAACCUUUUUCUGUUUUCUUCUAUUCCAUCAGUUGAGAGGAGGCGAAGAGACAAGAUCAACAACUGGAUCGUCACGCUUUCCAAGAUCAUCCCCGACUGCAAUAUGGACAGCACAAAGACAGGAGCAGUAAGGGGUCUCGCCUUAUCUCUUUUCCUAAUGUGUCCGCUAAAGAAAAGACCUCGCCUUUAAACGCCAUGAUGUCAUCUAUUUCCAUCUUAGAGCAAAGGAGGCAUCCUGUCGAAAGCCUGCGACUAUAUCCGGGAGCUGAGGCAGAGCAACCAGCGGCUGCAGGAGAGUCUCAAGGAAGUGGAGAGGAUACAAAUGGACAAUGAGCUGUGCAGGCAGCAGGUGUGAAUGUCACUUUGUGCUUUUCGAAUAUCUGCGUCAAGGAGCGGAAGAAUGGGAGAAGAAGGCCUGUGAAUGAUAAUGUCGAGAAAAUGGCCCUUUUGAGGUGUUAAGUCAGGCAGCCGUAGUUUGGUGCAUACGUGUCUCUGAAGAUUGGCGCCGCGUCGAAAAGCUUUCUUUGGAGUUCUCGGCAGCAUCCUUUCACUAAAACCUCAGAAGCAUGAAGUUCACUCAGCCCCACAUGCAUCCGCUUUCUCCAAAACAAACCCCCCGACACAUCAGCCUCUAUAGUUGAUCAUCACAGCCUGACAAAGAGGAUCAAAGAGUUUGCUCUCACAUAAUAGGAAGUGUUACCUGAACGCAGCUCUUUGAGAGACUGUGGGAAUAAUAUACACAAGGGUUAAGGGAGAGCUAACUGCAUGCUAAUGCACUCAAAGUAUUGUGAAACGGUGCUGCUCUGAGGCUGCCACAUCUCCCCAUUGAAUCCCAGGCCUGCAAGGCAACCAGCAAUAUAUUCCUAUUCUGACGCUCAAAGCUCAAUAUCCUGUCCUCCCCAGUGCCUCAGCGGGGAGGAAGGGAAUUGGGAGUGCGCCCGAGGGAAAUGUAGCGGAGAUGACACACCUCAAGAUUUGAUAAUCCACUUGGAUGUGGACAGGGCUGACUUUGAAAAAGGGCUGCACAUACUACUCUUUAAUCCCAGGGAUUGAAUAGCUGUGUGUACUCUCCACGCAGAGGCAGCACUCAAACGAGUCUUCAAACGGAAAAGUUUGGUCUGUAAACUCUGAGGUAUAUUAAGCUGUCAUCAGGAUGAAGAUGUUGAUAAUGAGCCUUUUCUUUUCUUCUUUUUGCUCUUUUGUUCUGCUCAGAUUGAGGAGCUGAAGAACGAGAACGCUUUGCUGAGAGCGCAACUCCAGCAGCACGGGAUCGAGACGGUUGGAGAGACGCCGCCGCAGUGAAGCAGAGACACGCACACACACACACAAAAAAGGAGAACAGAGAGGGGCUAAGCCGCUCGAACAUACGAAUGACGGAGAAAUAAAGACUCGCUUUCUUUCUCGAGAAUGCAUCCUCCCUGAGUUCCCAGGUCGCGACCCCUUAAUCGGCCUGUAGUGGCUGUGUUUGACUGUUCCAAUCCUGUCGAGAUAACCACCUUCAGUAGAAAUGUGCUUCAAGAAAAGAUGCCAACUCACCUCCAUCAGAGCGCUGCCUCAUCAGCACAAGCUCGGAAGAACCUCUGCUGAACUUUGUUUUUGUAUUUAUGUAGCCUCACUCAUGGACUUUGAUGUGCGUCAUUUAAUUAUGUCCUUCGUCUGUAUUUUUCCCCCUCAGAGUUAUUAAUUCUAACUUAGUCUAUGCUUUUAUUCAGUUUGUGUUUUUGUGUUUCUGUAUUAAUAUGUUGUUUUUAGCUACUUUAAUUUAUUAGUCCGCUUGCUGACAGAAUCUUUGAUGGAGACCAGUUACGAUGAAGCUCGUGCACCCCAGAGAGGCAGAUAAGAAUUUUAAGCGAGAGAUCAUCAAAAGUAUGCAAAACAUACCGAUUCUGCAGACAGAAAUAAUGUGACACACAUAGCUUACCUAGACCCAAAGACAAACAAGGGGCUGUGGCGGCUCCUGCCUCUGGGCUGAUUUAUGUAAAUAUGACGUCUCAUGUUUUAAUACAGAUGUUACAGAGUAUUAGAGCAGAUUAUCUCUGGGAGCAAACAAUCAAUAACUCAUUAACUUCAUGCUGGCCCUUUGUUAUAAUAAUGAUGUGUGCAAUCUUGGAGCUCGACUUAAAAAAAAAAAAAAGAGUGGUAUACUUGAAUUGUUGGGCAUUUGCUAAACCAGAGAAUUGCUUGAAGGUCAACAAAUCACUUUGGAAGAUUCAGCAGUUUAAUCUGAGUUUAAUUAGUUUGAAAUGCAUUAGUGUGGGAUAUGGAGAUGAUUGAUAAACUGAGCAUGCUCGAGGGAGGAGAGCACAGCAAAUUCUGACUUUUGCCAAACUUUACCCAGGUGUUGUGUUUUUUUUUUUUCCCCCUAUCUUUUGUUCAUGUGUGAUUUUCCGGUGUCCCAGUACGUGAACGAAUAAUCCCCACAUGUUCCAUUUCAAGCUGUUUGCUCUAUUUUGGUAUUGCAACACUUCAAAUGGAGCUCAACGCACAAGGGGGGAGGAGGCACUCAGGAGAGUGGUACUCAAAGACUCUCUGCUCACUACGGAAAAAGGAGCACACACAAAUUCUGUGUCGCACUUCUUAGUCGAGCACAUUUUGCUCUCCGGGAAAGAGGCAGAGAAGUUUGAAAGCAGGAACCUCACAUAUUCCUCCACCCACUCAGGCGAACAAUAAGUAAACUGUAAUUGGUUAUACAAACAGCAAAAGUCAAUAUUAAUAUUGUUGAUGAUUUUGUGAAUGAAUAAACAUGAUGUGUUUUGGUCCCGCUUCGGGCGAUUGGAAUGAAAGCGAGAGAGAGAUAUCAAGAUUCAGAGCCUCUAAAUGGAGCACGAUCGCUUCUCUCUGUGUCAACAGCAAAGCAAAACCAACUCUCAGACCCCUGGCGAAAUCAGGCAGACGAUCUCAUUUUAAUAUCUCAGACAGUGCAAGUGAACAGCUUGUGCUUUGGAAGUGCUUUUCUGCCACUACUGCGCGAUUCAAACCUGAUCCGAAAAGUGCAAGUGUCUGAUCCAUCAAACGAGGCUCCCGGCCAAAGUUGAAUGAUGGAUGUUUUGCAGUCGAAGUUCUCCACACCUCACCGAGAGGAGAAGUGUGAAUGUGAAGGCAUGAAUAACGCCCCCAAAGAUGGAUGGUCACAAAUGAAAGGUCACUCUUGGCUAAUUUUGUUUUCAAGGGUUUUUGUUUUUUUUUUGAAAUGGCAAAAGGAAGGAAAAAACAGACUCCUUCUCUCUCUGUAGCAGCCGCACUGUUCUCAGGUUAGAUUAAAAAAAAAAACAUCUUUUCUAAACAAAAAGGUGGGAAAUAAAACUUUCACUUGCUAAUAACCUUAAAGACUUU